CGCCUCGACCACUGGAAAACCAUCCCGGCGUCCACCCAUUCACUCGCGGCGGCGGCGGCGGUUGUUGACCAUGUCGGCAGGGAGCGAGCGCUCGAACGCCGCCUACGCGACCCCGGCGGCCGUCCUGGCGGACUUCUCGCGCGGAUCCGGCCCGUCCGUCUCCGGCGGCGCCGCGGGUACCGGCACCGGCAGCGGGAGGAGCCAGGCGGAGGGCGGGGCGAGGAAGAAGCCCCCUCUCCGCCUCGCGGCGGACGACACCAAGCCCGUGCUCCGCGACCCGAUCUCGCGGUCCGACCCCAUGGAGACCGAGCAGGCCGUGCUGCGGCUGCCGCCCUUCCCCUGACGCCUUGACGAUGACGCACCAGCGGCUCUUUGGGGGGAGGAAGCUGCUGGAGGUUGAUCUUGACUUGAUCGUAGCCAAGAUGGUGGAGCUGGGGAAGUGGUGUUGUGCUGCCCUGUGCCCCUGUGUCCGUUUUGGUUUAAUAUCGUUUGCCACUUUUUAGGUGUCCCCUGGACUAUGUAAUGGAUUCUGCAUUCUGCGGCUGGUGCUGCCUAGAUUGAUUCUAUGUUCUUUAGCUCUACCUGGAAGCAGCUAAUAGUGUCAACAAAAAGUUUGGCUGCACCUAGGAUGUAGUGGAAAUCUGAUUGCUUGAUAUCUCAUGGAAGCACCGAAUGGUGCCACGAACCAUUUUGGAAUGGAUGCCACGCCGAGUGAUUUUGUAAUCGCAAUGCAAACCAGGUGGUUGACUGCUUCGCAAGGCCUGCCUUCUUGA